UGAACUGUUUAUCGAUUUUGUUAAUAAUUCGUGUCGUCGACAGCUGAUGUUUACGUAUCAUACCAAUUCAUUAAUAAGCUAAUAUCACAAACAAAAAACAUUACGCGUCAUUUUAAUUUUAUUACUAGUGUCUUCGAUUUUGCACUAAAAGUUACGAGAAAUUAUUAAAUAACAAAAAUGGCAUCAGCAGCAGAUAUGGAUGAGUUAAUAAACAGUUUGAAGAAUCUUCCCGUCGAGGUACAGAAAAAUCUCACUCUAUUAGGAGAGCUCGAUAUGAAAACUAAAAAAUUGAUUAGCGGCAUUGACAAAGAGACCGACGAUUAUUUGAAGUCGAACGCACACUUGACAGAUAAAAAAAAAAAAAAAAUGAACCGCAUACAACGUCAAUUCAACAAAGCUAGAGAAUAUAGCGAUGACAAAGUUCAAUUGGCUAUACAAACAUAUGCAUUAGUGGAUGAACAAAUAAAGAAACUAGAUGCAAAUUUAGCCCAGCUUGACGCCAAGUAUGAAGAUAAAGCCAUCGGCAGCACAAUUAAUAUGGGAGAAGGUUCACAAAAAAAAAAACUUCAAAAAACUAAGGACAAAGGACUUCCAGUCAAAGUAUUCGAUAUGCCUGUUGAUCCUAAUGAACCAAAGUAUUGUUUGUGUUACCAAGUUUCCUAUGGAAAUAUGAUAUGCUGCGAUAACCCAGAUUGUUCUAUUGAAUGGUUCCACUUUGAAUGUGUCAAUUUGACUAUCAAACCCGCUGGAAAAUGGUUCUGUCCAAACUGCAAGAAGACAGGAGAAAAAAAAAUAGAUAUCUCUAAAAAGAAAUAAGUUUUCUUUAUAAUAUUCAUAUACUUAUAUUUUUUCGUUUAGAGGUUAGCACAUUAUAAAGUAAUAGUAAUAGUAAUAGUGAUUAAUCGUAAAUAUUUAAAUUUGAUAGUUAUUAUCAUUAGGAAAAUAGAGAUUUAGAUUAAACUUAAACAUUCUACUGUAUCUGCACUCUCAGCUUAUAUCUUUAUUGUUAAUUCAAAAUUUAAUAUACAAUUCAUAUUAAAAAUUAAUAAAAUUAAUCAUUAUAAUAAUGGUGUUCUUAUGUAGAAAAAAUGUAUGUAUGGGAGUUAAGAGAAGUUUCUCACCUUACAGUUAGUAUGUCACUAUUGUUAUUCAUAUUUGUAGAAAUUUAUACUAUAUAUUUAAACUAUAUUACACAUUUUUCCAUUCUUAAUAUUACAA